AAAGUCAACUUAAUACGUGCUGAAAGGAAGAUUCCUAUCGGUAGGGUUAGCUCACUUUCAGGACGACUGAGGUCGAUGUUUUCUCAUGGAGGAUUUGUACAGUUAUUAGUCAAGAGAAUUUACGAGUGGACGAGAACAGACCAGAGGAGGUACGCCCUUGGUUUCUUGACCAUGGGGAACACCUGCAGUAACCACCUUGGGAUCCCUCCUGCCAAGGGCCCCUACCCUGUGGGCUGCACCGACUUCAUGAUGGACCACACUGUAAAGGGCAGCUUCUUCCGGCUCUACUAUCCUUGCCAAGAGACGGAAAGAGCAGAGAAACCUGACUGGGUCCCGUGCAGGGAGUAUUUCAACGGCCUUGCGGACUUCAUGAAAAUCAACAGGCGUCUCAGUGAAAGGAUUUUCAACUACCUCUUUGGGUCCUUUAAGAUCCCAGCCUUUUUGGAUGCUCCAUUUAAAUCAAAUGGGAAAUGUCCUGUAAUUAUCUUCUCUCAUGGCCUGGGAGCAUUUAGGACUUUGUAUUCAGCCAUUUGUGCAGAACUGGCCUCUCAGGGCUUCAUUGUGGCGUCCGUGGAACACAGAGACGAGUCAGCCUCAGCUACAUAUUAUUUUCAUGAGAAGCCAGAGUCAGAAAUGGCCAAUGAGAAUUUGCCUAAAACAUCAGCCACCACCCAAGACAACCUGGUAACGGAGUGGAUGUACUACAGAGCUCUGCAGCACGGAGAGAGCGAAUUCCCCCUCAGAAACAAGCAGGUGAAGCAAAGAGCAGACGAAUGUAUUCUGGCUCUGGACAGACUCACCGACAUCAACUCAGGAAUAGCCGUGCGGAACGUUUUGCAGACGCGGUUCGACUGGACGACGCUGGAGAACUCCAUGGACCUGUGUAGGAUAGCAGUGGUGGGGCAUUCCUUCGGUGGAGCAACGGCGAUCGAAGCUCUGUGCAAAGAGGUUAAAUUCAAGUGUGCAGUAGCACUGGACGCCUGGAUGUUUCCUCUGGAUGAAGAGAUCUUUCCUCGGGUGAAGCAGCCGAUUUUCUUCAUCAACUCGGAGAAGUUCCAGUGGGCGGGGAACAUCAGCCGCAUGAGGAAGCUGGACUCGGCCGUCAUACAGAGGAAGAUGAUCACCAUCAGAGGUACAGUCCACCAGAGCUUCCCCGACUUCACCUUCCUGACUGGUAACUGGAUCGGGAAGCUGAUGAAGCUGAAGGGAGAGAUCGACCCAGAGGUCGCCAUAGACCUCUCCAACAAAGCAACACUAGCCUUUCUGCAACGGCACCUUGGUCUGGAUAAGAACUUCAAUCAGUGGGACCCCCUGAUUGACGGAGAAGAUGAAAACCUCAUUAAAGGAACUAAUGUGGUAGUGCUUCAGUCUGCCAUCUGAACUGCAACCACAUCUCGACCACCUCAGAAAAUCACCAUCAGCUGAAUGAUCUGCACGCGAGCCGGCGCAAACGGCUCGUAACGACAAGCCAGGCCUCCAUUUUAUUUCAAAAUGGACUGAGGACGUUUUGGUGCAGAAAUGGAGGAAAGCUAAUCUCAGGAAAGACAGAUGGAGCCCUCAGUGUAAACGGUGUUCGUUUCCAGAGGCCUGAAUGUUGCAGAAAAGCAGCUCUGCAUUUAUGAAAUCUUUACUAUUUAGAACAAUUUCCUAAUGAAAGCCAAUAAAAGCCAACUGAGAAAAUGUUUUAGACAAAUCCCACGCGUCUCGUUGGAUGUAUGAUUUUCCAACAGAGACGGGCUACUCAAUGAUUGCUGUGUGAUUAUGUGAUGAGGCCUGUAAUCAGAAUCCUUUCUAAGCAAGCAGUCAGGGGAAGAUAUCAGAAACAUCCAUCGUGAUUGAACAGAUGUUAUUAUGAACACUAAAAGGCUGCGUCAUGUGCCUUAACUCACAGUACAGUUCAUCCUGGGUCAAUGACAUGUGACACUUUUAUACACAUACUGUAUGAGAUAUUUGCAUUUGUACACAACCGAAAUCCAAUAAAUCUGGUUUGUAUACAAA